CUGCUGCAUGACUGAUUAUGAACAUGGUAAAUUAUUGUUUCUAGUUAUUUGGCUUCAUUCACUGUCCUUCAUUUUGGCGCCCUCUGGUGUUCGCAGCUGUCAGGUCUCUCUGACUCCACUGUCAUCUUCCUCAUCUUCAUCACCGCCAUCAUGGGGAAAAUCCGCUUCCAGCCUCCGCCCAAAUCCCUGAAGGAGGAGAGAGACGGAGAUCAGAUACCCAGACAGGUGCAGAGUGAGCCGAUAUGGCCCGGUCAAUCUCGCUCCUCUCUGAGUGGACUCUGCUGUUUGACCACUGCGCUAAUAGUCUUCACCUGCAGCCUCAUCUACGCUUCUGUCUACAUCUAUCGCUAUUACAUCAUACCACAGGCUCCGGAUCAGAGUCGGUUCCAAUGCCAUGUUCUCUAUGAGAACGCUGUGAGCACCCCGCAGCGUGGAGCCGAGGAGCUGGAGGAGAAUGUGGGGAUUUUCCUUCAGGAGAACUACGAGCACAUCAGCGUCCCGAAGUUCAGCAACAACGAUGCUGCCAACAUCAUUCACGACUUCAACAGGGGGCUGACGGCAUAUCAUGACAUUGCUCUAGAUAAGUGUUACAUCACUGAGCUCAACUCCACCAUCGUGAUGCCUCCGCGGAACCUGUGGGAACUUCUGAUCAACGUCAAAUUGAGAACCAAAGACAGGGGUGUGUAUCUCCCUCAGACGUAUGUAAUUCAGGAGGAGAUGGUGGUGACCGGUUUAGUGUCCGACACUCAGCAGCUUGGUGUGUUUAUCCACAGACUUUGUGAUGGCAAAGAUACAUUUCACCUCAAACGCAGGAUCACCCGCCGCCGUAUUUUCAGACGUGAGGUGCAGAGCUGUCGUUCUAUUCGACACUUUGAGAAUACAUUUGUGGUGGAAACUCUGAUCUGUGAGAGCAUCUAGACCUCCUCUCUGAGUUCUGUAGCACUUCUUCAUCUCUCUCUCUUUCGCUCUCUCUUGCUCUCUCUCUUGAUCUCAUUCCGUCCAUCACCUGUUCAUUUAUUUACCUGCAAUAAUUAGAGGUGUUUGUGAACAGAAGUUCUUUUAAAAGAUUCCUCAGUAGUAGUGCAGAGGGAGUCUGAUGUAAUCGUGCAUGUGUUUGUGUUGGUGCUGUUUUAGUGAACAUUCUUACGACUCACUGUCUGACUCACUGUCUGACUCACUGUCUGACUCACUGUCUGACUCACUGUCUGUCCAACUCGAGGCGUUGUUUACACCCACUCGGUUACUAUGAGCCAUAUCUGGAUUGUAAUCUGACCUCAUGUAAUCACAUUUAUUUACGUCUGACAGGGAAACACUUCUCUAGUUACUGAGAUUGAAAUCGGCUUGAUUUGUAGCACUUAAUAUGCAAAGCAGCUGAUAUACAACAGCCAAUCACCUGUUUUGUUCCCCAUUUUUCGGCUUUAUUCAAAAGAAAAUCACAGCGUUGGUGGUACUAACAGGCCCUUUUCACAUUUCUGUGUUUUCCUGCUGGCAGUUCUCGGUGCAGAUUAACGCUGCGUCUGCUAAAACCUCAGUAAUGGUGAUGGUGAACGCAUUAAGUGCUCGAGCUCAUAGCAAAAACAACCUAAUUCAAUUCUGUCUUCUCAGCUGGUGACGAGCAGAGGAGAGCCGAACUUGUGCAACCAGGAGAGAUGAAGGGAAUAAACUGUCAUAUGGAGAAGAACCUUCAUGUUACACUGACGGGAGUUUAAAGUUGGUUCUGUUUCCAGCCACUUUCAGUGGCACAGUUUUCACUCCCUUUUAAAGCUGUGUGUGUUUGAGAGUGCGUUCCUUAUCGCACUCUGACUGAUGGAAUUCUUCCACAAAGAAUUUAAAUCCUUUAUUCAGCUUAGACUCACACAUUGUUGUUUUGUUUGUUUGCUGGAAACAGAUCCUCCAGCUUCAGUCUUUGUAACUGUGGCAACGAUGACACCCACCCUUUCCAUGGAGAGCUGAAGUGAAGCUGAAGAGAAACGGCAGCGUUUCUCAGGUUAACAAUCAUCUGAAGGCAAUAGCGAGAUUUGUUGUACUCUGCACUUCCGCUCUUGUGAAAAGGGCCUGUUUACUCACCUCAAAUGGUGAGCAUUAAAACGUAAGGUACUUCAGCGCAAUGGUGAAUAACGAUGAGAUGAAGUUCAAACUGGAGCUUUAAUUUGAAUGAGUUUGAGUCACUGAAGAUGCAGUGGUGGAGCCUCUUCAUAUGCCGAAGAGGUGGGGGAGUCAUGGUGCUGGGAGGAGUUUGCUUGUCAGUGAGAUAGAUGUGUGUACCCUUGUAGAACGUCUGGAUUAACUGCAUCGGGUUUAAUCUGGUUUAAAUGGUGCGUUCACACCUGCAUUUUUUAAUGUGGAAAAUCUUUAUAAUCCAGAUACUCAAAACACGUGAAACGUCCAGGUGUAAAAGGGCUCUGAGUGAAUCUCUGCACUGUUGUGUUUUUUCUCUUGCAGCUGUUUAUUAUUUGAUCUUCACAGUCCUGGAGCCCCAACCGAUCAGAAGCAGAGUAAAAGUCCCACUGCUGAUUUGUGCUGUAACAAUAGAAAUAUUGUUAUCAUAUAAAAGAAAUGUGUCAAAUCCAUAUGAUCAGUACACUUUACAGUAGGGAUCUAUUCCUACGGCUACAUAACACCUACACAAGUUGGUCAUGUCAGCUGACAUAACCCUACAUUCAUAUUUAUGUAUUCAUAUUCCAACAAGCACCAAUCGCUAUAAAGCUUAUGUUUGCCAGUUUGGAUUAAAGUCCAUUAAAACAACCUUUAAUACAAAUGACGCAUAUAAGAAUAAACAUCGAUAAAUGUGUAUGUAGGUUAUGCCAGUUGUCAUGACCAGCUUAUUUAGGUGUCAUUUGCACUCGAGGGUUCUUUAGUAAAGAAAAAGGUUCUAUAUAGAACCAUGAACACUCAAAGAGCCACUUGAGUGCUUAAAUGGUUCUUCAGACUGAUAGAAAAUGUGUUGUAUUUGGUUCUGUGUAGCAUCAAAAAGGCUUCUGCUGUGGUUCUAAUGUCAUGCUUGUAACAGCAGAAGAACUUGUUUUGGUUCUGUGUUAGUACUGUCUUUUCAGUAAGGUUGUAUAUAAAUCUAUUUACAUAUUCUCCAUUAAUCUAAGGAGCUAUUAAAUCAUACAGAGUGUUCCUGGUUCUAUCGAGAAUCUUUUUCUUUACUAAAGAACCCAUGAAGAACCACCUACAGAACCCUACAGUAAUGUGUUACUGAUUUUUUCCUGGACAUCACAGAUCAUAAACCUCAGUUUCUCAGAAAACUUCUUAUUCCCUUUCUGAUCCUUACGAGGUCCCAGCGGAGAUCAGUGGCAUUUCCUGGUCUCACCAUUAUUCCAAGAACACCUCUGACAAGCUCUAGGGGGCACCAGAGAGAGUCUGAAUGGGUUAAAGUAAUGAUUAAAUCUUUCCUGCAGGAAUUUAUCAUUUAGAAAAAUUUCCGUUACGUCAGUGUUUAGAUGUUUUCUGUCAUUCUGUGUCAGUUAAAUGAGUUUGUUUAUCUGUAAAAUAAUGAUGGACAAAUAACUACAAACGACUUUUUCUGCAGACGCUGGUUUCAGACUCUCCUGAGAGCGCCCUCUAGUGUCUGACCAAAGAACAGAGUGUAGUUCUCAGUGAAGUGUGGAGUAAACUGUAAAACUCAGUUCAGAGCCUGAACACCGCAGUUCAUUUUCACUCAGACUGUAAAUAUAAACACGCUGUUAGAACUGUUAUAGAUGUUUACAGUUAAUGUAGCAACAGAAUAAUAUCUGCAAAUAAACACGGCAGCAACUUUACAACAUCCACA